UAUAAAUUGGCCCGUAAGGGGAAAGAGAAACAGCACGGCGAUAAGAGAAGGCAGGAGAAGAUGGUUUCCUCGCAGCUGUCUCAAAUCCUCCCCCGAGUUCUCAUUGUCUCUCGCCGGACCGUCCGCAAGAACAAGUUCGUCGACUUCGUAGGGGAAUAUCAUCUUGAUCUUAUAGUCGGCUACGGGGCGGUCCCGGUGAUCGUCCCUCGAGUUUCCGGCGUCCACAUGCUCCUCGACAGCUUCGAGCCGAUCCACGGCGUCCUCCUCUGCGAGGGGGAGGACAUCGACCCCUCUCUGUACGAGGCGGGUGAUAUCUCCAGCCUCUCCCCCGAGGAGGUCGAAGAGGUGCGCCGCCUCCACGUGAGCGACACCGCCAUCGACCGCGAGAAGGACUCCAUCGAGCUCCGCCUCGCCAAGUUCUGUCUCGAGCGCAACAUCCCCUACCUCGGCAUCUGCAGGGGCUCCCAGGUCCUCAACGUCGCCUGCGGCGGCACUCUGUACCGGGACAUCGGAAAGGAGCUCGCCAGGAAGUGCAAGCCGGAGGAUGCCACCGUCCACAUGGAUUACGAUAAUUAUGACGGGCACCGGCAUUCCGUGAGGGUGGUGGAGGACACCCCACUGCACUCUUGGUUCCGGGAGUCGUUGGAACAGGGGAGGAUGGAGAUUGAGGUCAAUAGCUAUCACCACCAAGGGGUGAAGAUGCUGGCGGAGCGGUUCGUUCCCAUGGCGUUCGCCCCAGAUGGAUUGAUCGAAGGCUUCUUCGAUCCCGACGCCUAUAAUCCUGAGGAGGGCAAGUUCAUCAUGGGCUUGCAGUUCCAUCCGGAGAGAAUGAGGCGGCCGGGGUCGGAAGAGUUUGAUUAUCCAGGAUGCCCUGCAGCUUAUCAGGAAUUUGUUAAAGCAGUGAUCGCUUAUCAGAAAAAGGUCAAUAGCUCGAUGAAUCUGAAAGAUGGCCCGAAAUUGGAUGAGGUAAUGGAGAAGAAGAGGAAGAUUAUUAUUCGAAGUUUCUCCCUUGCGAAGCAUAUGUAUAUUUCUGGACAUGACAUGCCCCCAUCCAAAGAACAAGAUCUUAAAGCAGGAGCAGAAUUCCUUGAGUCAAAUACAGUAUUGAGCUUGCAGCAGGAGAAGAGGCUGAAGCAAAUGGGUGCGACGGUGAGGAAUGCAUCCGCGUAUCUUGAGAGGCUUAAGAUGAAUGAGCGACGGGAGAUGGCGGCAAGGAGUGUGAUGGGGAAGAUGUCCAUUGAACAGUUGUCCGAGCUGCUUUCUUUCUAUCACACGAUAGGGCAGAUAUGCUCAGAGGUGUUGGAGAAAAAGCUAAUGGCCGGUUGAAGUGGUGAUCAAUUUGAUGUACAUUGCAUGCAGGGGUCUUGCUCCCUUGGAAGGAGAGGCACACUUGUCUUUCUCUUGCAUAAAUGAAACUUUGGUUGUGAUCCAGCUUCUUUCAACUUCUUGUUAUACUAAUUUUUAGUUUCCAAUAUAGUGUGAGCAAUCCGGGGAAUGUAAAUUUCCUGUUUUUUCAGAAAA